AUGUUAAAUAACACUAAUUUUGAAAACUAUUUAUUUAUGCUCAAUGAUCUAAAGUGUAUUUUCUAAAAGUAAAAACUCUACAUUAUUCCAAACAAAAAUAUUGAAAAUGUAUUUACUACACAAAUAACUAUCUAUUCAUCCUCAUUCAUAUUCGAUGAAAGAUUUGCAGAUAUUAUCUAAAAAGGAAUCAAAAGCAAUUUAUCGUAAUUACUCAAUAAUAAGCGAAAGAAUAUUACUGUAUGUGAAUUCAACUUAAAUAUAAAGGUAAACAAUAUAAUUAUCGCAAAUAAGGUUGUAUUACAUAUUAUUACAAAAUAAGGGCUCAACUAACUUAAAAUCUUAUUGUAGAUAAAACUUAGUAUAGGUAUUUCCAUAUUGCAAAUUUAAGAUGUUAUUAUUAAUAGCUCAAUUAAGUAAAUUGGAAUAAUAAAGCAUUGA